AUGUCUAUUGAUAAGGCAUUAUGUGAUUUAGGAUCAACUAUCAAUUUGAUGCCAUUAUCUAUGAUGAGAAAAUUGUCUAUCGAAGAAGUGAAACCUCUAAGGAUGACCUUGCAACUAGCUGAUAGAUCAAUAGUGAUCCCUAAGGGAGUGGUUGAGAAUCUCUUAGUCAAGGUGGGAAAGUUCAUUUUCCCCGCCAACUUUGUGAUUUUGGAUUUGGAUGAAGAGAUAGGUGAUUCUAUCAUACUAGGAAGACCUUUUCUAGCCACAGCAAGGGCCAUCAUUGAUGUAGAAAAGGGGGAAAUGACUUUGAGAGCACAUGAUGAGAAGAUCAUUCUGAAUGUAUUUAAAGAAAUGUAG